AUGGGCGGUGCAAGCAGAGAAGGUGGCAAGGUCAAGCCCCUCAAGGCCGCGAAGAAGGAUAAGAAGGAACUCGAUGACGAUGAUCUCGCCUUCAAGGAGAGACAGAGAGCCGAGGCCAAGGCUAAGAAGGAGCUGAUGGACAAGGCGAAGGGCAAAGGCCCGCUGAACACUGGUCAGCAGGGUAUCAAGAAGUCGGGAAAGAAAUAG